AUGAUAUCACUGGAUUCGAUUUGCGAUUUCCUUGAAUUACCGACACUACGAUACCACUGGCAAGAAAUCCUACUAUCAACUUUAUUAUGCAGCAUCAUCUUUGAACUGUCUCGAUGCCUAUCACCCUUGCUGUUUCCAAAGACAUUCCAGUAUUUCAAAGGCUACACACCCACAAACUGGCAUAUCCACGUGGUCUCAUUUUGCCAUUCAACUAUGAUAUCGAUUGGUUCCAUCAUCAUUCUUAUGGAUGGUGAGCUGGCUAAAAACAAGAUUUUUGGAUACAGUGCAUAUGCAGCUACCUUGUAUUCCUUGUCAUGCGGCUAUUUUGUUUGGGACAUCAUACAGGCUAUCCGUUACAUAAAGUAUCAAGGCAUAGGCAUGGUGUUUCACGGCAUCGCUGGAUUCGUGGUCAUUUUCUUUUCCUAUCGCCCAUUCAUCAACUACUACGGCUCCAUCUUUUUGUUGUAUGAAGCAAGUACCCCCUUUUUAAACUUCAACUGGUUCAUGGAUAAGCUCGGCUGGACCGGUAGCAAACUUCAGCUCGUGAAUGGUAUCAUUUUGAUCUUCACUUUUUUCAUGGCGCGGAUCGUAGUCGGUUUUUACAUGUCAUAUCUGUUAUGGAUCGAUAUUUAUGCAGUCAAGGAGCUAAUCCCUCUCCGAUAUUGGAUCGUGUAUGGCACUGCUAAUGUUGUGACGAGCUUCUUGAACGUUUACUGGUUUGGUUUGAUGUUGCGAUCACUCCGUAAACGGUUUCCUUCCAAGUCAAAAGUACCCAACAAGACAACAUAA